AUUCCCUCCAUCUCUUCGUCAACAGCUGCCCGGUGCUCUAGGCUCAUUCCUCUGCCCGGACCUUCCGGGAAGCUGAGACCCAGAGAGAGGGCUGACGACAGAAACCGGGAGACAGACGUGAGGUCCACACUGCAGCUGGCCCCCCUUUCUCUCUCCCCAGCCUGCCUUUACGCCCCAACUUAGCCAAAGCCCCUCAAGUCCUUGUGGGGCUCAGCCCCUCCCCUUCUCUGGGGCCCCCAGCGCCCCUCGGGGCCCUGCAUCCUACCAUGUCAGUGGCCGUGGAGACCUUCGGUUUCUUCAUGGCAGCGCUGGGGCUGCUGAUGCUGGGGGUGACCCUGCCACAUAGCUACUGGCGAGUGUCCACCGUGCACGGGAGCGUCAUCACCACCAAUACCAUCUUCGAGAACCUCUGGUUUAGCUGUGCCACCGACUCCAUGGGAGUCUACAACUGCCGGGAGUUCCCGUCCUUGCUGGCCCUCUCUGGCAUGGUGGGGCUGCGCUGCGUAAACAUUGGGAGCAUGGACCUCUCCCGGAAGGCCAAGCUGGCGGCCACUGCGGGGGCCCUACACAUAUUGGCUGGUUUCUGCGGGAUGGUGGCCAUCUCCUGGUACGCCUUCAACAUCACCCAGGAAUUUUUCGACCCCGUGUAUGCAGGGACCAAGUACGAGCUGGGCCCCGCCCUCUACCUGGGCUGGAGCGCCUCCCUGCUCGCCAUCCUGGGCGGCCUCUGCCUCGGCUCCGGCUGCUGCCGCUCUCCCCACGCGGCCCCGGCUCCCAGGCUCCCCUACGAGGCCUCCGCGGUGCGGUCCCCCGGCCUCACUGACCACCUGCGCCCCGCGGCCUCGGACGAAGGCGACAGCACCUUUGGCAAGUACGGGAAGAACGCUUACGUGUAGGACGCCAGUGGACCCCCAUUCCCCUCCCAGUGCCCCGAGCGGAGAGCGGUCUUCCAACCCCGGGGUGCAGGCCACGCCCCGACUCCGCCCCGUGGUCGGAAGCUACGCCCAGCUCUGACCGCGCCUCCGGCCCCGCCUCCUCCGUCUGGCCGAGAAACCGCCUCCUGAGAACUCACCUCGGACUCCUGGGGCAGGACCUUCUCGGUCUGGGCGCUGGUUGGUUAAGGGGGCGUAGGCGUCCCCGACCGUUUGUAUUCUGUAUAAAUACGUGCAUAAAUAAAUUUGUACUAUAAACUGUU